AAAAGACACACGUGCGAAAACACGCGUGUGAAGCGGCUCUCAAAGGCGGUUUAACCUCUUCAAAAAACUUCUGAAUCCUCACUUUUCCAAAAAAAUCCCCCAAGUAAUCAACAAUCGUUUAUCAAGAUGACAGACAAUGUGCCAGACUUGGUGUCAAGUCACGACAUGGAUUUGGUGUGCAGUGACGGAGAGAGCGGAGAAGACUGGGAUGAGAUUGAUGAUGACAGUUGCAGAAUCAGCUGUCUAUUCUGCGAGAAAGAGUUUCGAGGAUAUUGCGAGGGGCUCAAGCACAUGAGCAUUUUCCAUGGGCUGGAUCUCGGAAAAUUCGUGAGAGAUCGUCAAUUAGACGAUUACACGUACAGAAAAUUCGUGAAUUAUGUGAGGAAGCACAGGUCAUCCCCUGAGGAACUCGCUGCAGGUGGAAAACCCUGGGAUGCUGAUGAAUACCUCAUGCCAGUCCUUCAGGACGAUCCCUGGCUCAUGCUGGAUAUUGAAGAGUUAGAUCAGGGAUCUCCAGAAGAUACAAAAGUCACAUCGUUCCCAGUUAAUUGUGAGAAUGGAUGUGUUACAUUGUCUGAGACGCAUUUUGCCGAGCUACAGAGGACUAUUCAGUCGUUGAAGGCACAGCUGGAGCAGAGGGAGACAGCUUGUUACCUGGCAAAACAGCAGAUCGACGAGAUGCAGAGAAAAGUGCAGCGGAUAGUGUUUGAUGAGGAGACAGAGAAGCCAUCGAAGAGGUGUGUUAAGAACGUGGGUGCCGUCGACGACGAAGGGUACUUCAACACCUACAGUCACUUUGCUAUUCAUCAUGAGAUGUUGACUGAUACCGUAAGGACUGAGAGCUAUAGAGACGCUCUCCUAACCAACUCCCACGUCUUCAGGGAAUGCACGAUGCUGGACGUGGGCUGUGGCACAGGGAUACUCUCGAUGUUUGCAGCAAAGUCUGGUUGUAAGAAAGUCCUCAGUGUCGACCAGUCUGACGUUAUUUAUCACGCAAUGGAUAUCGUGAGGGAGAACAAUCUAAAUGAUGUGAUUGAAUUGAAGAAAGGAAGACUCGAAGACAUCGACCUGGGGGUUGAGAAGGUUGAUGCAAUUGUGUCCGAAUGGAUGGGAUAUUUUCUUCUGUUUGAGGGCAUGCUAGAUACUGUCAUCUACGCCAGGGACCACUAUCUUAAACCUGGAGGUAAAUUACUACCCAAUCGGUGCACAUUAACUCUAGUGGGCAGUGGGGAUACCAAAAGGUACGUCGAUCUCGUCGACUAUUGGUCCAACGUUUAUGGCUUUAAGAUGAGUUGUAUGAAGGAAAAGGUCGUCAAGGAACCUAGCAUCGAGGUCUGCAGUGCCAAGGACAUUGUCACUAGUGUCUCUAUUAUCAGAAAUUUUGAUUUAUUCACUGUUGACACCUCGUGCAUGGACUUUACAACUGAGUUUGAGCUGAUUGUUAAGAAAACUGGCUCGCUCACUGCUAUCGUUGGCUAUUUCGAUGUAUUUUUCGAUCUUGAUAAUCCCGUUUCGUUCAGCACUGGGCCGCAGACACAAGCCACUCACUGGAAACAAACUGUUUUUUCACUUAGUGAGCCUAUUAGUAUUACAGAAGGGGAAACAAUAACGGGGAAAAUAAUCUGCGGACGACAUCCCAAGGAUAUCCGGGCCUUAAUCGUCACCCUCCACGUUCGAGAUUUUCGACAAGUAUAUUAUCUCGACUAGACCAACUGCCAAAACUACAAACUCAUUUAAUGAAAUGAAUUUUUCCAAUUUUCAAUCUAGCUACAACGAAAAAAAAAAACGUUACUUUCUCUCAUUCAUCAAAAUUUAAAUUAGUCUUGUUCGCUAGAGACUUUUCUCCAUUUGACAAUUGUCGUUUGACUCAAUUGAUGAAUUUUCUGAAGUUUUUUCGGAAGUUUUUGGAGAUUGAGAUUAGAGCUUUAACUCGAAUAGUCGGGUAUAUUAAGAGUUGAUCAAUUUCCCCGAGUUUUUGAAUAAUCAUUGAUGAUUCAUGUGCCUUUUAGCAGUUGGAAAACAAAUUCUACCAAUUACCAGGAA